AUGGUCUUCGUCUGCAACGGCACCAGCAGCUGCCCCGUCUUGGCUAGCAGCACCCUGGACUCCUUCGCGCCGGAACCUCCCCGGCCGUUGGGCGGCACCGGCGGUGCCGGGAUGAUUUCUGGCUCGUUGAAUCCGCCCCGAUUAGGGAUAGGCGGGAAACUUCUGCAAGGGGUUACCGCCGGCCCCGGAGGUGGAGGCGAGGGUGGCGGCGUAGGCGGCGGCGGGACCAGCACCGGCAGUCUCAGCGCGCUCAGCCCGGGCUUCGGCGACGCCGGGAACGACACGCACUGCGGCGAGCAGAUCCUGAACUACGGCAACGUGGAGAAAGUGGUGAUCGGAGCCGCCCUGACGCUCAUCACGUUGCUGACCAUCGCGGGCAACUGCCUAGUGGUGAUCUCGGUCUGCUUCGUGAAGAAGCUCCGCCAGCCCUCCAAUUAUCUCAUCGUCUCGCUGGCCUUGGCCGACCUGUCGGUGGCCGUGGCCGUCAUGCCCUUUGUCAGCGUGACCGACCUCAUCGGCGGCGAGUGGAUCUUCGGCAGCGUCUUCUGCAACGUCUUCAUCGCCAUGGACGUGAUGUGCUGUACCGCCUCGAUCAUGACUCUCUGCGUGAUCAGCAUCGACAGGUAUCUUGGCAUAACUAGACCCCUCACCUAUCCUGUAAGACAAAAUGGAAAGUGUAUGGCUAAAAUGAUUCUUUGCGUGUGGCUGCUGUCUGCUUCCAUUACUUUGCCCCCGCUGUUUGGAUGGGCUCAGAAUAUUAAUGACAACAAAGUCUGUUUAAUCAGCCAAGAUUUUGGCUACACAAUUUAUUCUACUGCUGUUGCGUUUUACAUCCCCAUGUCAGUGAUGCUGUUCAUGUACUAUCAGAUCUACAAAGCUGCCAAGAAAAGUGCAGCCAAACACAAAUUUGCUGGUUUCCCAAGACCCAACGAACGUGAAGGGAUGGUUUCAGCAAACGGCGUAGUGAAACUGCACAAGGAAUCUGAAGAGUGUGCCAAUUUUUCACGUCUGCUUAAGCAUGAACGGAAGAACAUUUCUAUCUUCAAAAGGGAGCAAAAAGCAGCCACUACCCUGGGAAUAAUUGUAGGGGCCUUUACUGUAUGCUGGCUGCCAUUUUUCAUACUUUCUACCGCUAGACCCUUCAUCUGUGGGACCUCUUGCAGUUGCAUCCCUUUGUGGGUUGAAAGGACAUUUCUCUGGUUCGGCUAUGCCAAUUCUUUGAUUAACCCAUUUAUAUAUGCCUUCUUCAAUCGGGACCUGAGAACCACCUACCGCAAUCUGCUGCAAUGUAGAUAUAGGAACAUCAACCGUAAACUCUCGGCCGCAGGCAUGCAUGAGGCCCUGAAGCUUGCUGAAAAGCCAGAGUUUAUUCUGAGGAACUCUGAUUAUUCAAGAAGGAAGAGCCACGACUUAUGA